UUUUGCUAUUGUUAAUAAGUGAAUGUAGUUGAGAAACGCAGUGUGCUUCAACAGUCAACACAACACAAGCGAUCUUAAUCUAAACUCUCUCUGAUAAUGGCGAACGCAAUAAGAUUCGUCGAGCUCAACACCGGAGCUAAGAUCCCCUCGGUGGGUCUCGGAACAUGGCAAGCCUCCCCUGGCCUUGUCGGCGAAGCCGUGGCUUCUGCUGUUAAGAUCGGAUAUCGUCAUAUUGAUUGUGCUCAGAUCUACGGCAACGAAAAAGAGAUAGGGGCAGUUUUAAAAAAAUUGUUUGAAGACAAUGUAGUGAAACGCGAGGAGCUGUUCAUCACUUCUAAACUAUGGUGUACUGAUCAUGACCCUCAAGAUGUGCCAGAGGCACUGAACAGAACUCUAGAGGAUCUACAGCUUGACUACGUCGACCUCUAUUUGAUGCACUGGCCUGUAAGGAUGAAGAAAGGUUCUGUUGGAGCUAAGCCAGAGAACCUUUUACCUGUAGAUAUUCCUAGCACAUGGAAAGCAAUGGAAUCACUCUAUGAUUCAGGCAAGGCAAGAGCCAUAGGUGUAAGCAAUUUCUCAACCAAGAAGCUAGCUGAUCUUUUGGAGUUAGCUCGUGUCCCUCCUGCCGUUGUUCAGGUCGAAUGUCAUCCUUCUUGGCAACAGACUAAGCUACGAGAGUUCUGCAAAUCCAAAGGAGUUCACCUCACCGCAUACUCGCCAUUGGGUUCUCCAGGAACAACUUGGCUCAAGAGUGAUGUUUUGAAGAACCCUAUAUUAACUAAUGUUGCUGAGAAACUUGGAAAGUCUCCUGCGCAAGUUGCCCUUCGCUGGGGACUCCAAAUGGGUAACAGUGUACUUCCCAAGAGUACUAAUGAAGGAAGAAUUAGAGAGAACUUUGAAGUUUUCGACUGGUCAAUACCCGAUGACUUGUUUGCCAAGUUUUCAGAGAUUGAACAGGCUAGGUUACUGACUGCUCCCUUCUUUGUUCAUGAGACACUGAGCCCUUAUAAGUCUCUUGAAGAGUUAUGGGAUGGCGAGAUAUGAUAUUUCAACGGAUCUAAUUGUUUUGUCAUUAAUGGGAGGUUACUCUCUCUCUCUGUAAACUUGCCAGUUUAUCUAUAAAAAUGAUGCCACUCAAAUAAUUUAUAUUUAAUGUUUGUUGUUAUUUUGAAUUAUAUUGUUCAAAGAAGUUAUUGAUCCG